UUACAUGUUCAGCAUUCGGAACUACAGUGUGUCCACGGAAGGAACCCAUGCCCAAGUGGACUUUGUGGACACUUACCCCACUUUUAUGACCCUGGAGGUUUGGGUGGAAGCACACAAUAUGCUGGGAAAAAUGGAGUCUGAGCGUAUAACUCAAGAUGCUAACUCGUUUGUCAAAACCAACCCUCCAUCAGACAUCAAAGUUAUUUCAGAGAAGUAUUUUCCCACCUCUCCUCUGAUGAACUGGACUCAGCCUAUUGAUAAAAGUUAUGGGAGAUUAAAAUAUGAAAUAAGAUUCUGCACAAUUGGAUCCCCAAAUUGGACUUAUGUGCCUAAAGGAGACAUAGCCAUGGACAUCCAGAGCUUCAGACUCCAGAGCCUUCAGCCAUACACAGAAUAUAUCACUCAGGUGCGCUGCCAACUGGGCCAGUGGAGCGACUGGAGCGGCACAACCAUGAAAACAGAAGAGGACCGACCAACAAGUAAACCAGAUGUGUGGAGAACCAUUGCUGAGGUUGACGGCAAAAAUGAACGGCGAGUGCAGUUUAUUUCUAAGGAUCCUGUGUUCGCCAAUGGGAGGAUAAUAACAUUUGACAUAAAGAUUCAAGAGCAAAAGAAUGACAAUUUGCAGUGGGAUACUAUCCUAGUGAACGGCUCAGAGAGCAGCGAUGGCCAGCGGGUGAUCACCGUCCUUAAAGAUAUGCUCCUGGCUGACCUGAGACCUGUCAGACUUUGCGUCACCGCUAACAACUCGGUGGGGACAUCUCCCAUGGCAUCGUUAUUCAUCUCAGCAAAAGGACAUGGUAAGAGACUCUGACUACAGGCCACGCUUAAUCUGAACCAUUGAGUGUAUUCUUUUCUGUGUAAAAUGGCACUCAACACAACAUGU